CGACCACAUUGUUUCCAAGCUUUCUCAAAGGAAUGCCACGUUGCAGACAAAUCUCAACAGGUGGCAACGCUACAAGCACUUUCAAAUCUGCUUAAAUAACAAGCACGUGACGCCAAUACUACCUCCACCUGGAUUUUUUUUGCCGCAAUUGAAAGCGGAAAAUAGAAAAAAAUAAAAAAUAGCUCCUAGAAUUUUAUCCAACCACGGUUACUACAAACCUAACCACGGUUUAAACCCCUACUUUCCAUUACCAUCUUCGGCUUAUAAACAACCAAACCUUGCUGGUGAUUAUGUAUACAAAUCUCACAAAUCCAAAACACCAGCAAAAUGAUGCUCGGAGAAACUCAUCGCCCUAAUCCAACGGUACACGUUCCACCGUGGCCUAACCUUGAUGGUGAUCAAACGACCGAGGUUUACUCUCCUCUCAAGUACAAUGCAGCCGACAACCACAUCAACAAUAACGGUAAUCCGUUUUACCUGCAGGAAGCGUUAGCAACGCUACAACGUUACUUGCCCUCGCACGAACUAGAUGUCGAGUCGGAUUCUGAGCUUUCGGGUUUGGACAACCCGGAUUCUCCGGUUGAUGCUUACUCUUGCGAUCAUUUCAGGAUGUUUGAGUUCAAAGUUAGGAGAUGUGCACGUGGCCGGUCUCAUGACUGGACUGAGUGUCCGUACGCCCAUCCUGGUGAAAAAGCUCGUCGGAGGGACCCGAGGAAGUGUCAUUACUCUGGUACGGCUUGCCCUGAUUUCAGGAAAGGAAACUGUCGCAAAGGAGACUCUUGCGAGUUCGCACAUGGGGUUUUCGAGUGCUGGCUCCACCCUGCUCGUUACAGGACUCAGCCAUGCAAAGACGGGCAGGGUUGUAGGCGUCGGGUUUGUUUCUUUGCUCAUACUCCGGACCAGCUUAGGGUUGUGAGCUCUCCUGAUUCGUAUGAUGGUUCACCUUCUUGUGCUAAAACGCUGACUUUUUGGUCUUCUCCUGGUUCCGGCUCCCCUCCGAUGAGUCCUCGAGCUGAGUCUUCACCGCCCGUUUCACCUAUGGCUCAGUCGCUGAGUCGGUCUCUGGGUUCGGCUUCUAUUAAUGAGAUGGUGGUUUCUUUGAGGAACUUGCAGCUUGGUAAAGUUAAGUCUUUGCCUUCUUGGAACACACAAGUAGGCUGCUGUUCUCCUUCUCCUUCUGCGUUCGGGUCUCCGAGAGGGGCAGUGAUCCGACCCGGUUUCUUUAGUCUGCCUAGUACUCCGACACGAAACUUGACCCAUCCUGGAAUUGGGUACUUGGAUUUUUGUGAUAAAGUGUGUGAAGAAGAGCCGAUGAUGGAAAGAGUUGAGUCAGGAAGGGAUUUACGUGCGAAGAUGUUUGAGAAACUGAGUAAAGAGAAUUCAUUGGAAAGGGUUAACCCAGUUCAGUGCUCUGAAGGUCCUGACGUGGAUUGGGUUUCGGAUCUGAUUAAGUGAAAAAAAAAAAAAAGGAGUGGAAGUGAGCUGUCUCGCUCAAAAGUGAAUCUAUUUCAUUAUUUUCUGAUUUAUUUGAAUCUAUUUUGAGUUUUCUUCUCACAGGAUUAGAAUCCGAAGAAAAAGUUAAGAAAAUCUGAAAAUUCUCAAAAUCUCAAAUAUAUUUUGGGAUAGCUGCUUCACCAAACUUGAAGAUCCCGUGUACAUAUCAAAUAUUAUUUCCUACCAGCAAAGUGGGGUGCUGACUGGUGAGGACUAGAAUCUCUUUUUUGGGGAAUUUUCUAUGAACUUCAGAAGAUCAGAACUCAAAAAAAAAAAAAAGGGCACAAG